AUGGCCUCGGAACGAUCUUCAUCAAGUCACAGUGCCAGCAGUAAUGUAAGAGAGCUGGACAGCAAUGAUCCAAUGUCACCCAAACACAAACACAUCUCUCCAAAACCAGUUGGUGAUGGUUCCGUGAAAGUGGAUGCCGUAAAGAUACCGGCUCUUCCAUCCGUGGACGACAGUGAGGAAGAAUCAAACAAUGAUGAUGAAAAUGUCGAGAAGACAAAAGAAAAUGCUGACACUGAAGAAGAAGAAGGGGAAGGGAUUGAGGUUAGUGCCCAUCUAGAAUCACCACUGGCUCCUCCAAUCCUUCGACCUUCCAAAGUGCGUCCUAGUGCCAGCAAAGCCAGUGAAAGAGUAUCUUUCUCUGGAGGAGAUUCCAAACCAGGUGCAGUGUCAGUCUCUAGUAUUAGUGGUGCUAAUGAAGCAGAAGAGCCACUUGGACAAACAGUGGACAAAGAGGGAGAGUCCACUCAUAGUCCUCGCCGAGCUGCUCGUCCCAGUGCCAGCAAGGCCAACGAACGAAUUUCUUCGGUGGCUAGCGACGAAGCAUCCAGACCAGGUGCAACUUCCGUGGUUUCUCCUGUGGGACAAAGGAGAAGCAAAGCAGGGGCUGCAGCGGCUUCAUUGCGACGAAACGUCACCGACGGAGACAAUAAUCGAGAUAGCAUCAAUGAAGACUCGGUUGCUGGGUCGGUUUAUUCCACGAGAUCGGAUCCAUCGGAAGCCAAGCUUCGUUCCUCGGCCCUUCGAAUGGCACCCGCUCUGGGUUCGGCGGAAAUGUCGCUUCCAAGUUCCAGUCCCUCCAAAGAAGCGGCAAUGUCACCCAUGUCGGCCACAGAAGAUGCUGCAGAAAAGGACGACGCCUAUGCCGACGACGGCAAACCUACAGAGCGAGGUGUCGAUGACUCGGAUGGUGCCACCAUGUUGACGGCGGAAGUGGCUCCCGAUAUCGAUGAAAUUGUCAACAAUGCCGUCCAAAAAGCGGUCCAACAAACCCUGGAAGCCCAAAAUCAAACCUCGCCCCGAGGCGUCAGUGUGGCGCAAGAAGUGAUUGAUCCGGAACGACAGCAGCCAGUAGAAGCAACUGCUACAGUCUACAACGGAAAACAAGGUGACGACGAUGACGAGGAAGGAAAGAUAUUGGGGCUAUCCAAGAAAAUCUUUUGGAUCAUUGUGGUAGUAAUCUUGCUCAUUAUCAGUAUUGCUGUCGGUGUGGGAGUCUCCGCCUCGGGUGGUGGCGAUGAUACCGACAAUGGCAGUCGGGAGAUCCCAAUCAAUGACAACGUUGGCGAGCCGACGGCCACCAAUACCCCAGUUGGGAGUGAUCCGACCAAUGUACCUUCCGAAUCACCCUCUACAGCACCUUCUUCCAUUCCAUCUUUAUCACCACUUUCGAUUUAUGCAGAAGUUCUUCUUCCAGGAGUUGAAGUGUCGACCAUGGACCGGUCGUCCGCCGAGUACAAGGGAUUGCGAUUCAUUGCCAGUGAAGACACUUUGGGGUUGGAGCCCACCAAGGAUCCUCGACUAUUGGAACGGUUUGCACUUACCGUUCUGUACUACUCGACCAAUGGUGCUGGAUGGACCGAUAGUUUCCGAUGGGUGACUGGUGCCGAUCACUGCAACUGGUACCAAGUGAAUUGCGAUUCCGAAGACCGAGUUACCAAACUGGAUGGUACCCUCAACAAUGUCACUGGUUCUAUCCCUACACAGAUUGGAGAUUUGAUAAGAUUGGAGGCUCUUUGGUUGGGGAACAACGGAUUGGGUGGGGUAUUGGUUUCAGAAAUCGGGCAGUUAACCGCUCUGACGCAAUUAUCACUUUGGUCGAACAAAUUUCGAUCUAGCAUUCCUACAGAAAUUGGAAACCUAUCGGCUCUACAGAUCUUGUCAUUUGCGACUAAUGAAUUGGUCGGUCCUAUUCCUUCUGAAAUUGGGCGAUUGACAAAUCUUGGAACAGUUCAGCUGAAUACCAAUAGUAUCGACGGUCCGAUUCCAUCAGAAAUUGGCUUUUUGACACUCCUUCGAGAUUGGUCAGUCAACCGCAACAUUAUCAGUGGAACUUUACCAGGUGACGGUUUUGCAAAACUAACUGGCUUGCAAAACCUUCAGCUCUGGCAGAAUGGAAUCAGUGGAACCUUGCCGAGUGAAUUUGCGCUCAUGACAAGCCUCACAAGCCUAGGAAUCUCAACCAACGCUUUGGUUGGCCCCAUACCGAGUGAGCUUGGAAAUCUUUCCAACAUGGAUACCAUUUCGCUCUUUGGGAAUUCUUUUUCAUCGGCCAUCCCGACAACGUUUGGAAAUCUCAUCAAACUUCGAUAUCUUGUGCUUGAAACGAAUACAUUGUCAGGUCCAGUACCUUCGGAACUUGGGAAACUGACAGGCUUGCUGGAGCUCAAAAUGUUUGGGAAUUCAUUGACCGGCACAAUUCCUACUGAAAUUGGGAACCUCCGAAGACUUACCUACUUUGGAGUGAGUGACAAUAUGCUGAAUGGAACGAUACCUUCUGAAUUCCAAGGACUGGAUAGCUUGACUGAAGCUUACUUUUACGGCAACGAGUUCACUUCUGGACUGGAAACCUUGUUUUGCGGAGCUGGAUUGGAGGCUUUCUAUGCGGAUUGCAAUGGAUCACCUGCCGAUCUGGAUUGUGCCUGCUGCACCCAUUGUUGCGAAAACAGCGUCAAUGACUGUCAGAUCAAACCUCCGACGGUGCUACCUCCCAGUUUGCCUCCAGCAUUGGCUCCGACUAUGUCGCCCACAAGAUCCAGGAUUUCCAUCAUGGCAGAAAUUUUGCUUCCAGACACAAGUUUGACUUCGCCAACACUUGGCACCGAUGAGUAUAAAGCACUGAGAUGGCUUGCGAUGGACGAUCCAAGACUGCUUCCUGCCGAAGACACGGUGCAAUUGCGAGAACGCUUUGCCCUGAUGCUGCUUUAUUUUUCGACGAAUGGUGAUUCUAGUUGGAGUUCGAAUACCAAUUGGAAGACUGCCACCGAUCAUUGCCUGUGGAGAUUUGUGCAGUGUACACUUGGUUCGGUUGAAUAUCUAGACAUGACUGAAAACGGGCUUCGCGGAACAUUGCCAUCUCAAAUUUCUUAUCUUACCAACCUCCAGACCCUUUUCUUUGCCCAAAAUACAAUGAGAGGUACCCUCCCGUCGGAAAUCGGUCUAUUAACAUCAUUGAGGUCAUUUCAGGUGUGGACGAACGAAUUCUUCGGGUCCAUCCCUUCCGAGAUUGGAUUACUCACUGGAGUAACAAACUUGGCUAUCUUUGGCAACUUUUUUGAAGGUACAAUCCCCGAUGCAUUGAGGAAUCUUUCGAAUCUGAACUUUUUGUCACUCCAGGAAAACGUUUUCGAUUCAACAGUACCCACGUGGCUUGGCGAAAUGACACAACUUGAUGGACUUGGUUUGGGCGGCAAUCUCUUCAGUGGAACGAUUCCAACGGAGCUUUCGCAAUUGACCUUGCUCUCGACGCUGCAACUAUGGGAGAAUCAGCUCCAAGGAAGCAUUCCAAGCGAGCUUUCGCAAUUGACAAGCUUGACAAGUCUGGGUUUGUCGUCCAACUCGUUAAAUGGAACAAUCGCCCCGGAGUUUGGAAACCUUGUGAAUGCUACUGAACUUCAAUUCUGGCAGAAUGAAUUGACUGGAAGUGUGCCAAGUUCACUCUCAGCCCUCACCGGCUUGACGAGUCUCGGUUUGUCGUCCAACUCGCUCACUGGAGCGCUUCCCAGUGAAUUGGGAAGCCUCACGACUCUUUCCGACCUGUCAGUGUUCAACAAUCAAUUCACAGGCACCAUCUCGAGCGAGUUUUCAAGGCUGACGAAUCUGGAGAGCUUUGGUUUCUUCAAUAAUGAUUUCAGCGGAACGAUACCGUCCGAGUUGGGUCGCUUGAGUAAUGUUAUCUUCUUUGCUAUUUCUGGCAAUCCAGGCAUUACAGGAACUGUGCCCAGCACCCUUCAAAACCUCAGUUUCAAUCACAGAGUGUCUAUGAAUCCUCCCCAAGACCCAACAGCUGCUGGCCCACUUCCCGAUGUUGUAGCCGAUGCGGAUGAUAUCCAAAAGAGUACACAAAGCUACUUUCAGGAUGGUGGGGUGCCGCCUGCGAGGAGUCAACCUUCUUAUAUCAAUAAUGUGGCCAGAGUUCGGGCUCCUUCUCGCAAACAGGAUGGUGCUGCAUUGGCGAAAGAAGCUGGCUUGCCGGAGUUUCUAUGGGACACCCAAAGCUCCAAACGCAAACGCCAAGGUAGUACUGGACCUAACAAACAACGAAGACAGCGAUACACUAAGGAACACAAGCAAAUGGUCGUGGACUAUUUCAUUAGUCGACCUGGAUCGAAGAUUGGAGACACGGCCAAGCAAUUCAAUAUUCCGGAAGGAACCGUCCGAGGUUGGUUUGAUGACGACCGAAAGCGCAAAGAGACAUCAGCGAUCUUGGGGGGCGCUGAUAUGGAUACUUUACAUGGGGUCAAUAUGGACGAAAUUCAACAGAGCAUCAUGAUGGAUCCCACUCCGGCUCACAUUGGAGAUGGGAACCCAGCCAAUGAUUUGGAAUCGCCUGUGGCUGCUCCUGCACCUCCCCCUCCUCAUCCACCAGCUGCCAUGGACAAUAGCGUAGCGGCUGCUGCUCCUGUUGGAACGGUUCAAGUGGAUCCAAUGACAGGUGCGACCCUUCAGCCGCCCCCCGCACAAUUAAUGGCAACGACUACAGCAACUGCCGGCGUCAACGAAGCUCAAGCUCCGGCUUCGCUGCCAACCAAUGCCAAUGCUAGUGUCGAGAAAGAACGUCCGCAGAAGCGAAGACGUCAGCGCUACUCGAAUGAAACCAAGAUUCAAGUCAUCCUGGCACUCGAGUCAAGAAAAGGUAGAAGUUUGAAUGACAUUGCACGAGAGUACAAUGUGGCUUCCGGAACGGUCCGUGGAUGGAGAGACGAAGCCGACAAGAUUCAAAAGGCAGCUAUGGAAAGUCGACGGGUCGGUGCCAAGGCCAAUCCAUCGCGUGAUCCACUCAAGCGUAUUUGGAGUGCCAUAUUGGGGCUAUUUGAAAAGAACUCCCUCUUGCCAGAAUCCCAACAACUCGAAGUCAAUGUGGCCGUGGUGCGGACCAUUGGCACCCAAGCUAGAGAUACUCUCUUGUUGGCUCAUUCUCGCCAACCAUUCUUGACUCCCACGGAAAUUGCUGCCAUGGAAAAGUUCAAGGGAAGUGAAACUUGGGCUCGCAAAUGGGCCAAGGAUCAUCAAGUCUUUACCAAGAGAAAAGAAAAGGUGCCACAAUAUGAUAUGGCCUUUGCCCGAUUGGAAGAACUGCAAAAGGUAGUGGGUGCCUACGACGCCGAAUGUGUCUAUACGGUAACCACCAUGAGUCUCUUCUUCCGUAUCUUCCCCCACCGCGCCUAUGUGACUCGCUUGGCAGAAACGGGCAAACGAGUGCGAGCCUGCAAAGGUUUGAAAUCAAAAGACCGAGUGACGUUAUAUGUGUGCAGCAAUGAAGACGGUACUGACAAGGCGCCCAUUGCUUGCAUCGGAAAGUAUGACAAUCCUGCUUGCUUUCGGGUCGAGCAGCAAAAGGUCAUGCCCUACUUUUCUCAAAAGAAUGCCCUUAGUGAUGCUAGUACCUUUCAACAGUGGUGGCGAAGUGUAUUUUUGCCACAUAUUCGAAAGCUUCACCCAGAUGGGAACAAGUGCUUGUUGUUGGUGGAAUUGGAAGGAGACUCUCGGGCCGAGUUUUUGAAGGAUCCCAUGGGACAAGUUCGCGUAGAAACUUUGCCAGUUGCUCCGGAAAUCCUGGCAAAUGGAACUCCCAUCAAGAAGAAAAAGAAGAGCUUCUACGAGAACAAUCAAGGUGGAAAGGAACCAUUCUUUCCGCAAUGCCAAGCUCUCGAGCAUGAAAUCCUGGACACCAUCAAGCGACGAUACCGAUAUCGUUUACUGCAAGAGGUGAUGGAAACGUAUACCGAACGUUACGACCGACAAAAGGUGGCCGACACUGCUCAGUUUCCUGUCAAUGCCCGUGGUUUGCGAGAAGGAAGCAUUCCCAAUUUGUGUGACUCGAUGAGACUUCUGUCCAUGAUUUGGGGUGAAGUCGCCCAAACUACCAUUGUCAGAGCAUGGCAGCGAACCAAACUUCGACCGAGACCGCAAGGUGAAGUGGAAGAUCCUUUGGGUGGCCUAUCAAUUGCUGGAACUGCUGACGGACAAAAGAAGCAGCAACAGCGGAUCAAGAGUGAAAAGAGACAAAAUACACGGGAGAAGAAAAAGCUGGUAAAGGAUCUCACCACGUUCAUGACAGAGAAUCCAAAUCGAGCGGAGCCUGGAGUGCAGUACUCUGCCUUGGAAGACUCGGUGAACAAACUGAAGAACUGCUGUCUUUACAUCGAUGGAGGAGUGGUGGAAGAAAAGGAACUGAUGGACACAGUCGAAGACUGGAUCGGCUUGGAGACCAGCGCCGAAGUCAAGGCUCUUCAAAUGGACGAAGUUAAGGAGGAAAUGAACAUUGAUUUCUUGUGCAACAUCCGUGAACCAAUUGAAGGCGCGAUUCCAGAAGCCGACGAAGGCGAAGAUCCAGAAUUGGACGAAUGGUUGGUCCAAAAGAAUGCGACUGCUGAUAAGCCCGCCGAAGAUGGCUCUGUCAAACAGCUCGAUAUCCAUACCGCGCUUAGUCUGGCCAGUUCCAUCAAGGCCACAGCCACCAAAGUCUUUGAAGAGGGAAAUGCUUUGGGAGGGCUGGCAGUUCAAUUGAAUAAUGCUGCCGACUUUGUCUUUGAAUUGCUCCGACAACAAAAGGAUGCAGCCUUGGCCCGAGAACAGCUAGAAAAGACCAAAGUCCAAGCCAAAAAGAAUGCAGCAGCCCGAAAGGCAAGAAAGGCAGAGGAAGGAUCUACCGCAACAGAAGCUGCUGUGGAGGCCCCUGCUGCCAAUGUUCCAUUGCCGGCACCUGUCCUUGCCCCACUUCCGCAGGCACCUGUACCAGUUGAAAUGGCCCAAAUGACCUACACCACAACGGGAGAGCCCCCCGUACCAGGAGACAAUCCGUACUUGGUGACGGGAGUGUAA